GAUGAUUUGAUUGCGCUCACACACUUACACGAACCUGCGGUGGUCGAAUCACUCCAAGUCCGCUACGCGCAGAACCGCAUUUACACCGCAACUGGACCAGUUUUACUCGCCCUUAAUCCCUUCCGCAACCUACGAGGUCUUUACGGAGAAGCCGUCAUGAAGUCCUAUUGGCAGAGCGAUGAUAGUGGCGCACCCACGACACGCGACACGUCGACCUCGCUGCCUCCACACGUCUACAACAUUGCCAACCAAAGCUUUCGCAAUUUGAUGCGCUGUUUGGAAGACGGGACAAACCCGCAUCAAUCUAUUCUUGUGUCGGGAGAAUCCGGUGCCGGGAAGACCGUCAGUACCAAGUUAGUUAUGAAAUACCUGGCGGCCCUUUCCCAUUAUAGAUCCAUGGGAACCCAAGUCCUUCAAUCGAAUCCUAUUUUGGAAUCCUUUGGCAACGCCCGCACAACUCGAAAUGACAAUUCCUCUCGUUUUGGCAAAUUUGUUGAACUUCAAUUUUCAGCCCGAGGCAAUCUCGUCGGCGCCCAAUUAGAAACGUACCUUUUGGAAAAGGUCCGUGUUGUGCACGUUGGUACCGGCGAACGCAACUACCAUAUUUUCUAUGAAUUACUGCAGGCUCACAUUGAUAACAGACGCACCGGGAACACCCUUGGUAGCUACAGCAAAAAUUAUGAUAUGUCUCAGUUGCAUUUGGCGCCAACGGCGACGAGCCGUGAUUUUAAACUCACCUGUGACGGAGAACGAUCUCGAAGGGAUGGUGUGGCCGACGGUCAAAACUUUGCCGCGCUGCUACAGGCAAUGCAGACCUUGCGCUUUAGUGAGCAGGAAAUUCGAGAAAUUUGGCGUGUCACCUCGUCGUUACUGCACGCGUCAAAUUUGAAUUUUGUCCCCGUGCGGGAUCUCACCACCGGUGAGACGGAUCCUGACGACGCCUGCAUCUUGGACAGCACCAACGUUCACUUGAGCUCCGUGUGCGCCUUGCUAGGUGUGACGGAAAAGGAGUUGAAUCAAGCUCUUUGCGAGGUUGUACUGAGAGCUGGGAAGGAAGAAGCGCGAAAGCGUAUGACUGCCGCCCAAGCUCAACGAGGAUUAGAGGCCCUAAUCAAAGCAACGUACGGAGCGCUCUUUGAAUAUCUUGUCUCCAGAAUUAACGAUGCCAUCCAAGGUGAGAACAGCAAUGAGUCAAAUGCGGGAUCGGCCGCCACCAUCGGUGUCCUCGAUAUUUUUGGUUUCGAAAGUUUUCAAGUUAACUCGUUCGAGCAGUUGUGCAUCAACUACUGCAAUGAAGCGCUUCAGCAACAAUUCAACGCAUUCGUGUUGCGGAAUGAGCAAGCUGAAUACGAAAAAGAAGGUAUUUUGUGGAAGUUUAUAGAAUUCCCAGAGAAUCAGGAUGUGCUUGAUCUAAUUGACAAGCGUGGGAUUGGUAUUCUGCAUAUAUUGGAUGAUCAAUGCCGAGCUCCUGGGCCAUCUGAUACCUCUUUCGGUCUACAGGUGUACCAAAUGUGUGCGAAUUCGUCCCGAUUUUCAGCUACUAGAGCUCAAAAGGCCCAUUUGCAAUUCGCCGUUCACCAUUAUGCUGGUCCGGUCACGUAUACUGCGAAAGGCUUCACUGAAAAGAAUCGAGAUGAGCUACCAACAUCGACAAGGACAUUGUUCCUAUCCUCCGAAAGCACUUUCGUGCAGCAGUUGGCACACAUACUGGAAUGGGCACCGAAUUCUAACGCUUCCGCAUCUGCUUUUUCGGUGCGCUCUUUUCAACGGUCAGAUUCCACCGUGGGACGUCCGACUGUAGCGGGACAGUUUCAGCGACAACUGAAAAAAUUGCGAUCCAAAAUUGAUCAAACAUCUCCACAUUACAUUCGAUGUCUGAAACCAAAUGAUUGUUUGCUACCGGAUAAAUUUGACGUUGCAGUCGUUGCGGAACAAUUGCGUUGCGGUGGAAUUCUUGAAGCCGUUCGGGUCGCCAGGGCCGGCUUUACCCAACACUACCCUCAUUCGGACUUUUAUCGUCGGUAUAGGGUUUUGGCAUGGCGAGAAAUGAACAAAGUAGGGGGGCGAUUGAGACACUCUAGCAGUGGCAACCCUCUCUCUGCGCCUUCUGCCAUAAGGCCAGGACGGCUUUUUAAAGAUGUAUGCACCAAUUUAGGUAUUCAGAUGGGGAAAAGCAAGGUGUUUCUCCGCCAUUCGGCCUUUGAAGCGCUGGAGCGUAUCAGAACCUGUGAACAAUACAAGGCUGCAACAAGCCUGAACGCUACCUUUCGGAUGUACCUGGCACGUAUCGCCUACGUACCCUACCGG